CGAAAGAGAGGUGUUUCCCUUGGCCAUGGAAACUCUAUAAAGGAAGAGCCGGCUUUUCUUCUCUCGAGCAGUCAGAAAAACAGCGGCCCCGGCCCGGACACCUUGCAGCGGGCCAGCCCGCCGAACCGGCUGCCAGCUCGCCGAACCGGCUGCCAUGCAGCAGCCCUUGAAUUACCCGUACCCCCAAAUCUACUGGGUGGACAGCAGUGCCGGCUCUCCCUGGGCCCCUCCCGGUUCAGUCCUGCCGUGUCCGUCCUCUGUGCCAGGAAGGCCUGGGCCCAGGAGGCCACCGCCGCCACCGCCACCAACACUACCGCCGCCACCACCGCUGGCUCCGCUGCCGCUGCCGCCUGUGAAGACGCGGAGGGACCACAACACAGGCGUGUGCCUCCUUGUGAUGUUUUUCAUGGUUCUGGUGGCCCUGGUUGGACUGGGGCUGGGCAUGUUCCAGCUCUUCCACCUACAGAAGGAGCUGGCCGAACUCAGAGAGUCCACCAGCCAAAGUCAUAUAGCAUCAUCUUUGGAGAAGCAAAUAGGUGAGUCCUUUAAUGCAUGUAUAUUGAGUUUCUAAAGACAGUCCUCAUUG